AUGGACCACGCCCCCGGCGACUGGUUCCAGGACUCCUACGCCCUCACCUCGCUCGCCCUCGCGCCGUCCACGCGCUCGAAGCUCCAGCGCGCGGGCGUGCACAGCGCGCGCGACGUCCUGCGCAUCUCUGGAAACUCUCCGUCGACGCUCGCGCGCGAGUGCGCGCUGACGCUGGACGAGGCGAACGACGCGCUGAAAGCCGCGCGAUUCAACGGCGAGGGCAUCGCGCUGAGAGGGGCGCGGUCGGCGGCGGAAUUGCUGCGAGAGGAGCGCGCGCGGUGGUCGGUGUUUACGUUUUGCGAGGCGCUGGACGACGCGCUGGGAGGCGGCGCGGCGAGCGGCGAGAUCACGGAGCUGUGCGGAUGCCCGGGAAUCGGGAAAACGCAGAUGGCGAUGCAGCUGAGCGUGAGCGCGCAGACGCCGCGGGCGUUCGGGGGAUUGGGAGGCGAGGCGGUGUACGUGGACACGGAGGGGAGCUUCACGGCGGAGCGAGCGAUGGACAUGGCGGAGGCGCUGGCGGAACACCUAGGGCGGUGCGCGAAGAGGUGCGAGGACGAGGACGCGAGGCGAGAGAUGGAGGCGGCGCUUGAGACGUGCGCGCCGGAGGCGAUGCUGCGAGGGAUUCACUUGUUUCGAUGUCACGAGGUGACGGAGCUGUUGGCGGCGCUGGAGACGCUCGGGGAGUUCAUCGCCGAGCGACCCAAAGUGCGGUUGGUGGUGAUCGAUAGCGUGGCGUUUCACUUUAGGCAGGAUUUUCAAGACAUGGCGCUGCGGACGACGAUUUUGAGUAAGAUGACGAAUAGGUUGAUGUCCAUCGCGACGACGCAGCAGGUGGCGGUGGUGACGGUGAAUCAGGUGACGGUGAAGCCGCAGCGCGACGGCUCGGCGCGGCUGGUGCCCGCGCUCGGGGAGUCGUACGCGCACGCGUGUACGACGAGGGUGAUUUUAAGCUGGGAAAACGAUGAACGCGUGGCGUUCGUCACGAAGUCUCCGCGUUUACCGCAGGCGCGCGCGCGGUACGCCGUCACCGCGGGCGGCAUUCGCGACGUGCGAGGCUCCAAACGCGCCGCUCCGUGA